GAAUAAGAAACCUAACACAAGUUAAUAGCCAUGUUCGAGGAUAUUCAGUUGAUCUACAUGAACAUUAAGAUACUUCGCUUCUGGGCCCUUCUUUAUGACAAAAAUAUACGGCGAUACGUCUGCAUCGGACUGGCCUCCUUCCACAUCUUCACCCAAAUGGUCUACAUGAUGAGUACUAAUGAAGGUCUAACCGGUAUAAUUCGAAACUCCUACAUGCUCGUCCUUUGGAUCAAUACGGUGCUGCGCGCCUAUCUUUUGCUAGCAGAUCACGACAAAUAUGUGGCCCUAAUCCAGAAAUUUACCGCCGCCUACUAUGAUCUGUUGAAUCUGAACGAUCCAUACAUAUCGAGAAUUCUGGUCAAUCUCAACCGGGUCGGACACUUGAUGGCCAGGGGCAAUUUGUUCUUUGGCAUGCUUACAUCCAUGGGUUUCGGCCUGUAUCCCUUAUCCUCCAGCGAGAGAGUCCUUCCCUUUGGUAGUAGGAUCCCUGGCCUGAAUGAGUACGAGUCGCCGUACUAUGAGAUGUGGUACGUCUUUCAGAUGCUUAUCACGCCGAUGGGUUGCUGCAUGUACAUACCGUAUACGAGUCUGAUUGUGGGACUGAUUAUGUUCGGGAUAGUGCGGUGCAAGGCACUGCAGCACCGCCUCCACCAGGUGGCCACAUUGCAUCCGUUCGGAGACCGCGAUCCGCGACAGUUGAGAGAGGAGAUUAUAGCCUGCAUUCAAUACCAGCAGAGCAUCAUCGAGUAUAUGGAUCGUAUCAACGAGUUGACCACAAUGAUGUUCCUCUUCGAGCUGAUGGCUUUCUCAGCCCUACUGUGUGCCCUCCUCUUUAUGCUGAUCAUUGUCAGCGGCACUAGUCAACUGAUUAUUGUCUGCAUGUACAUAAACAUGAUUCUGGCCCAAAUACUGGCCAUCUACUGGUACGCGAACGAGCUGAAGGAACAGAAUUUGGCAGUAGCCACCGCAGCCUAUGCGACUGAGUGGUACACCUUCGAUGUUCCUUUGCGCAAGAACAUCCUCUUCAUGAUGAUGAGGGCUCAGCGACCAGCUGCAAUACUUCUGGGCAAUGUCCGACCCAUUACCUUGGAGCUUUUUCAGAAUCUACUCAACACAACGUAUACGUUUUUUACGGUCCUCAAGCGAGUAUAUGGAUGAACGAACCGGACCAAAUUGAAAUAUUUUAUUAAAAAGCUUAAACACGACAUAUGCAAAAACUCGCACGGUUCCCUUUUAGUGUUAACUCUGAACACAAUCGAGCACAUUUCACAAUUGAAUAAAU